GGCUGGAGGGCCGCCGGCUCGCGGGGCCGCAGCACCUGCGGCGCGGCGCCGGGGUGGCCGAGGUCGAGUGUGGGCGGCGAGGGCGGGACGCCGGGCCCGCUUGGGGCCGAGGCGGAAGCCGCGGGGCGGGGGCGCGCAGGGCAGCACCAUCUGGAGGGGCGGGAGCGCGCGGCCUCUGGGGGGCAGGCGCGUGCGCGGCGCGGCGGGCGCGGGGGGUCGGCGGCGGGGGGCGCAGGAGGAGCGCGGCGGGCUGAGCCCCGCGCUGCCGGAGCAGCAGCCGGCGCGCGUCGGGCGGCUCAGCUGGGGCCCGCAGCUUCUUCGCGGGCUGAAGCUCGGCGUGGAGGAGCAGGGCGGGGUGGGUCCGGCCGUGCAGGAGGAGGGCGGCGUGGGGCUGGGGGUGCAGGAGCGGGGCGGCCGCGGUCACGAGCCUAGUCUGGGGGUGGUGUGGGGGCCGCCCGACGCCGCGGACUGGAGGCGCCGGGCGCGCUGGACGGGUUCGGCCGGCGGGCCGGUGGCGCAGGAGGAGGGCCUGGGGCCCCGCAGGCAGCAGCAGGAGAAGGGGGGAGGCGGCCCCGCAGUGCAGGAGCGCGGCGAGGCCCGUGCCGGGGUGCAGGAGCGCGGGGAGGGCAGCCCACGCAGGCUUCUGCGGCAGCCAGAGGAGCUGCCCGAGUUGGCUCACGGCCCCUGCCCGCGCACGGAGGAGCUCGAAAGUUCGGACGAGCGCAGCUGGGAGAGCUGCAGGCAUCUGGGCGGGGAGGCGGUGGUCCUUGGAGCAUCCCUAGCGAGUGGGGACAGACUCGAGCUGCUGGGGAGAGCCAGGCCUGUAGGGCCCCGAGGGCCUGAAGGAGAGGGGCGCCUGGGGGUGCAGGAAGCAAAUUGGCUGCCCGGGGUGCAAGAGGGCCAGGUAGUGUGGGCUGUUCAGGAGACGUAUCUGAACGGUAAAGGGUCCUCAGGGGGAGAGGGAUUCCAAGAGGGACACAGGACCCGCAGGCGCAGACGGCGAAGGAGGUGGUAAUCGGCAAGCUGCCUUCCUUGCUGGCAUCAGGGUUGCUCUAGUGCCAAGAGUAAUGCAGGAAGAUGUAGGGGAUUGGGGAGCAGAAGAGCGCUGUGAACCUGACCUUUGGAAGAUAUUGCUGGAGGGUAGGCACUGGCCUGCAAGAUCCUUUCUGCUACCUCAAGUCUGAGCAUCCUCGAAGCAGUGUCUGCCUGGGGACAGCUGGAAACUCAGAGGCUGGGGAGCAGCAGCAUGCAGCCGGAGGAGGGAACGGGCUGGCUGUUGGAGCUGCUGUCCGAGGUGCAGCUACAACAGUAUUUCCUGAGGCUUCGAGAUGACCUCAACAUUACCCGCCUAUCUCAUUUUGAAUAUGUCAAAAAUGAAGACCUGGAAAAGAUUGGCAUGGGCCGGCCUGGCCAGAGGCGGCUGUGGGAGGCCGUGAAGAGGAGGAAGGCCAUGUGCAAACGCAAGUCAUGGAUGAGCAAGGUGUUCAGUGGAAAGCGGUUGGAGGCCGAGUUCCCUUCCCAGCACUCUCAGAGCACCUUCCGGAAGCCCUCCCCCACCCCAGGGAGCCUGCCAGGGGAGGGGACCCUGCAGAGCCUCACCUGCCUCAUUGGGGAGAAAGACCUACGCCUGCUGGAGAAGCUGGGGGAUGGCUCCUUUGGCGUGGUGCGCAGGGGUGAAUGGGACGCCCCCGCAGGGAAGACGGUGAGUGUGGCCGUCAAGUGCCUGAAGCCUGACGUGCUGAGCCAGCCAGAGGCCAUGGACGACUUCAUCCGGGAGGUCAAUGCCAUGCAUUCACUAGACCACCGAAACCUCAUUCGCUUGUAUGGUGUGGUGCUCACACUACCCAUGAAGAUGGUGACAGAGCUGGCACCUCUGGGAUCUUUGUUGGACCGCCUACGUAAACACCAAGGUCAUUUCCUCUUGGGGACGCUGAGUCGCUACGCUGUGCAGGUGGCUGAGGGUAUGGCCUACCUGGAGUCCAAGCGCUUCAUUCACCGGGAUCUGGCUGCUCGAAACCUGCUUUUGGCUACCCGGGACCUGGUCAAGAUUGGGGACUUCGGACUGAUGCGAGCUCUGCCCCAGAAUGAUGACCACUAUGUCAUGCAAGAACACCGCAAGGUGCCCUUUGCCUGGUGUGCCCCUGAGAGCCUGAAGACACGGACUUUCUCCCAUGCCAGUGACACCUGGAUGUUUGGGGUCACACUGUGGGAGAUGUUCACCUAUGGCCAGGAGCCCUGGAUUGGCCUCAAUGGCAGCCAGAUCCUGCAUAAGAUCGACAAGGAAGGGGAGCGCCUGCCCCGGCCGGAGGACUGCCCUCAAGACAUCUACAAUGUCAUGGUCCAGUGCUGGGCCCACAAGCCAGAGGACAGACCCACAUUUGUGGCUCUUCGGGACUUCCUGCUGGAGGCUCAGCCCACUGACAUGCGGGCUCUUCAGGACUUUGAGGAGCCAGAUAAACUGCACAUCCAGAUGAAUGACGUCAUCACUGUCAUCGAGGGAAGGGCUGAGAACUACUGGUGGCGUGGGCAGAAUACGCGGACCCUGUGUGUAGGACCCUUCCCUCGAAAUGUCGUGACCUCCGUGGCUGGCCUGUCAGCCCAGGACAUCAGCCAGCCUCUACAGAAUAGCUUCAUUCACACAGGACAUGGUGACAGUGACCCCCGCCACUGCUGGGGGUUCCCUGACAGGAUCGAUGAACUGUACCUGGGAAACCCCAUGGACCCUCCUGACCUGCUGAGUGUGGAACUGAGCACCUCCCGACCCACCCAGCACCUAGGACGGGUGAAAAAGCCAACAUACGACCCUGUGAGUGAGGACCCAGACCCCCUGUCCAGCGACUUCAAGAGGCUUGGCCUGAGGAAGCCAGCCCUGCCUCGAGGGCUGUGGCUGGCAAAGCCCUCAGCCCGAGUGCCAGGCACCAAGGCAGACCGCAGCAGUGGGGGUGAGGUCACACUCAUCGACUUCGGUGAGGAGCCUGUGGUCCCAACCCCUCGGCCCUGUGCACCCUCCUUGGCACAGUUGGCCAUGGAUGCCUGCUCCUUGCUGGACAAGACACCACCACAGAGCCCCACACGGGCACUGCCACGACCUUUACACCCCACCCCUGUGGUAGACUGGGACGCGCGUCCGCUGCCCCCGCCCCCUGCCUAUGACGACGUGGCCCAGGAUGAGGAUGACUUUGAGGUCUGCUCCAUCAACAGCACGCUAGUAGGUGCAGGCCUCCCUGCUGGGCCUAGCCAAGGCGAGACCAAUUACGCCUUUGUACCUGAGCAGGCGCAGAUGCCCCCUGCCCUGGAGGAUAACCUGUUCCUUCCACCCCAGGGCGGAGGCAAGCCGCCCAGCUCAGUGCAGACUGCAGAGAUUUUCCAGGCACUGCAGCAGGAGUGUAUGCGGCAGCUACAGGUCCCCACUGGCCAGCUGACCCCCUCCCCGACCCCAGGAGGUGAUGACAAGCCCCAGGUGCCACCCCGGGUACCUAUUCCCCCUCGGCCCACGCGUCCACGUGUGGAGCUAUCUCCAGCUCCCUCGGGUGAGGAAGAGACAAGCCGGUGGCCUGGACCUGCCUCGCCCCCCCGAGUGCCUCCCCGGGAACCUCUGUCUCCUCAAGGUUCAAGGACCCCAAGCCCCCUAGUGCCACCUGGCAGCUCUCCACUACCGCAUCGGCUCUCUAGCUCACCUGGAAAGACCAUGCCCACCACUCAAAGCUUUGCCUCAGACCCUAAGUAUGCCACUCCACAAGUGAUCCAGGCUCCUGGCCCACGGGCAGGCCCCUGCAUCCUGCCCAUUGUCCGCGAUGGCAGGAAGGUCAGCAGCACUCAUUACUACCUGCUGCCUGAGCGCCCUCCUUACCUGGAACGCUAUCAGCGCUUCCUGCGGGAGGCCCAGAGCCCGGAAGAGCCGGCCGCCCUGCCUGUGCCCCCGCUGUUGCCCCCGCCCAGUACUCCAGCCCCUGCUGCCCCCACUGCCACCGUCAGACCUAUGCCUCAGGCCGCCCCAGACCCAAAGGCCAACUUCUCCACCAAUAACAGCAACCCAGGGGCACGGCCACCAUCCCUGAGGGCCACGGCUCGGCUGCCACAGAGGGGCUGCCCAGGGGACGGGCAAGAGGCUGCUCGGCCAGCAGACAAGGUCCAGAUGCUGCAGGCCAUGGUGCAUGGGGUGACCACAGAGGAGUGCCAGGCGGCCCUGCAGAGCCACAGCUGGAGUGUUCAGAGGGCUGCCCAGUAUCUGAAGGUGGAGCAGCUCUUUGGGCUGGGUCUUCGGCCACGGGUGGAGUGCCACAAGGUCCUAGAGAUGUUCGACUGGAACCUAGAGCAAGCCGGCUGUCACCUUCUGGGCUCCUGUGGCCCUGCUCAUCACAAACGCUGAUGGUUGACUGGAGAGCAGUGGUCUGCCCUAAAAGAACCUCUUGAACCUGUCUGUGGGACAAGGGUGGGGGAGCUGCCCUGCCUCAGGCCCGAAGGACCCACAACUGCCUGCGGCUCCCAGGGGACAGUGAGACCCAGGCAGCAGGAGGCUGGGAGCCUCACCUUGCCCACCUCGCUCACCCACCCAGCGCUGUUCUGCACACCUUGGUUCAGCCCUCAGUGCCCCAAGAGGUGGGACGUUCCCAGCCUUGUGAAGGCAAGACAGGAAGCUGCCUGGCAGGCUCUGUGUGGCCUGCCUCUGGCUCCAGAUCAAGGCUGGGCUGGUGGCUAGAGUGUGCCCCAGGCUUUCCUCUGGGGGAUUAGACUGACAGGAAGCCAGGCUUGACAUGGACAAGAAGGAUGUGUUGGCCACACAGCAGGGCGAGCCAGCAACCAACAGGCCCUCCUCAGGGCUAGGCCCCUUCCCAGGGAACCCCUGUAGGAGUGUGGAGUGUUGGACAGAAUGUGACCUGUAGCUUCACUGUGAACUUGUGGGCUUGGCUGGUCUUAGGAACUUGUACCUAUAAACAGCCUGAAGUGGCUCAGAAACAGAAAAGGUGCCAGGAUCUUCUCUGGCAGGGACCAGGGCCCAAGGCCCCGGAUGUGGAAGGAGACCCCAGUGGCACCAGUACUUUCCUGUUUGACCUGUUCCUCCCCUGUUGCUAUCUGAUGUGUUCCCAUCAGCCUCUGUUGCCAAAGUCGUGGCCCCAGCUAUGGAUAUCUGCUUCUUCCAGAGAAAUAAAGCUUGUUUCUAUUUUAUGUUA